GGCACGCAGCUUGUUUUGAAGAGGGCACCGUCGUAGACUGGCCGUCGAGGGUUUCACAGAGGGCAUCACCGCGGACGGGAGUGACCGCAAGUGACCUAUUCAGUGUGGGUCCGCCCCUAGUUAGACCAGAAACCACAUGGAGCCACAACCGCCGCCGCCUAGCGAACGGUCGUCACCGCCGGAGCAGCCAGCACCUGCAUCACUAUCAUCCACUCCGCUUCCAGCAGCAGCAGAAGCAUCAUCUCCGGCGAAUUUUGCCCUAAACCCCACCACUUCUACUUCCGUGACCCCAACCAUACAAAUCACCCAACCAAGACCCGCUUUGGAGCCGCCGUCCUCCUUCCCUAGUAACCGUCAACAGCCGUCGUCUUUCCCGCAGCACAUGGUUCCCCAUUCUUCUUCUCCGUUGCCUUCCAGGGAUGGAUUGGUAAUUGGGGUUCCUGCCCCGCAGCCUGGCCCUUCUCCGCAGCUCUCCUCCUUUUCAUCAUUGUCCCCGCCUUCUUUCGGGCAACAAUUCGGGGUUUUGGGUCGUGGAGUGCCUAAUUCUCUUCCUACUUCGAGCUCAGCCCAGGGGAGACAACCUGUACAAGGGAUGCCAGGGAUGGGAAUUACUGGGUCUCUUGGUUCGAGUAUGCAAAUGCGACCAGCUGGGGUUCCUACGCAGCCGGUGAGAUCUAUUACAGCAUCACUCAGACAGAAUAACCAGUCUCCUUCUCAAAAUUUUCAAGGACAUGGCAUGUUGAGAUCUCCAAACACCCCUAGUACACCGCAAAGUCCACAGUCACAGAAUCAAGCAUGGUUAUCUUCUGGGGCACAAGGCAAACCACCUUUGCCUCAUCCUUCCCCGAGGCCUCAACUGAGCACACAGUCUUUACAGCAACGAUCUCAAGUUCGUCCACAGCAGCACCAUUCUGUCUCUACCAGUCAGUCUCAAGAGAAUAUGGGGCAGCAAGGUCAAUCUCCAAGGAUUCAACUACCCAUUUCCAAUGCACAACCAAAUAUGAGGAGUCAAAGAAUUGGAGUUCAAAGACCUUCAUCACAAUCAAUGCUGCAUUCUGCUGCUGCUGCUGCUCAAUCUGGACCUCUCAAUAAGACUGCUGCAGAGACUGAGGAACCUUGUAAUAAGAUUCUGAGUAAGAGAAGCAUUCAAGAGCUCAUGACCCAGAUUGAUCCAUCCCCAAAGUUGGAUCCUGAGGUUGAAGACAUCUUUGUGGAUAUUGCAGAAGAAUUCGUAGAAUCUCUUACAACCUUUGGUUGCUUGUUGGCAAAACACCGCAAGUCCUCUACAUUGGAAGCAAAGGACAUCCUUCUACAUGCUGAAAGGAACUGGAACAUUACUCUUCCUGGAUUUACUGGGGAUGAGAUUAGGACAUACAAAAAACCUCUCACAACUGACAUUCAUAGAGAACGGCUGGCUGCAAUAAAGAGAUCUGCUACAAAGACAACCAAUCCAAAGAGCUCAUCUGGACAAAGUGGAAAUUCAAAGACUCAAUUUGCAAAAGGUCCUAGCAAUAUUUUGACUUCCCCUAAUGCAAAGACCUGAAACUGUGUGAAGAACUUCUCUCUGAUUAGGGAUGGGCUGGCUGGGCCAUCUUAGUUUAAGCACACGAGUUUGAUGUCAAAGGUUGCUUCUGCUGUGGCGAUUACGCUUGAACUCGAACUACGUUUUACGUCAUCCUUACCAUGUUACUAAUAGGAAAACCGGGCGAAGAUGAUGAUAAUCCAUACAGUAGAUGGGCCAAUGAGAUUCGUAUAUGCGAAAUGCGUAAAUGUAAAUCUAAGCAAUCAAAAGACUGCCCUUUCUGUGCCACGCCGUCAUUCUUAGCAAUGGCGACAAUGCAAGUUUUUUUGCUUCAAGGAGGAUUAGAGGCAGGGAUGGAUGGCAGUUCAUGGUGUGGAAUAUUUCAUUUAUUUAUGUAAAGAAGUAUGCCAAGAUAUCUUAAUAUACAACAUUGUUAAUUAGCUAGAUUUAAGGGAUUGUGAUUCACCCCAAUCCCCACGUUAUAUGCAGUACCCUCCCCAGAGGGACACCUUUUUAAUUUUAGUAGGAUACAUGAAUACAACUAUAGAAAACCAUUAAAUUUAGUUGUAUUUC